GGCCACGUUCUGUCCGCCCACGUGUGUACAUAUUUAGAGAUUUGGUGUUUUAUUCUUCUCUCGCACACAACGGGUGUCGAGUGUCGACUCAUUCCGGGAUACCCGGAUCAUCCUGUCAUGGUCAUAAGGCCCAUUUCUCCUCCUCGCUCGCCAAUCGCUGUCUUUUUCGGGGGCUCCUGACAUAGUCAUUUAUGACAUCCCGCAAAAAAAUGCAUUCGGGAUGGGUGACUUAAUUCGAUGCGCGGUCAGGAGGAAUAAAAAAUUGGCGCGGAUGGACGACGAAGGAGUCAAUGUAAUAUGUUGACCAGCGUAGGAUACCGAAGGACAGUGGCGAUCCGCGUACCAAAAUGGUAGGGGGGUACUGGCCAGAUCACCGGAGGAUGGUAUAAGAGAAGAAGGGAUACGAAACCAGCGCCAGUUAUAUUGACUUUCUUUUAAGCGACACGCGCGUUACACACUCCACGCGGGAGGAUACAUAUUAAAUUUUCACGAUGAGGCCACGGCUAGAAAUGCUACUAUUUAUAGUAGCGUUAGCUACGCAUACACGUGGACUCCCCUACGGAGCCUUAUUGCCACCUGAACUGCAGACACAAGAUCAAAUCGCCUGGUAUGACAAUGGUGCUUCCCAAAUUCAACAAAACAGCGUGUUUCCUAGUUAUGUAGAAAACAUUGUUCCGCAACAGACUGGUCAAACGCAAUUUAAUUUGGAUCAAUCUCAGCAAACAGACACAUUUAAAGGAUACGAAGCGCAUAGACCAUCGGAAUCGCAGAAGCAAUACAAUCCCGAAUAUGUGUAUCAGUCUUCCGAUCAAUCCUAUCCCAAUGCUGUAGAUGGUUUCACUGUCAGUUGCAGCGGUCAAAAUCAAAUCUGUGUAGCCAAAAGCUUGUGCAUCGACGGAUACGUGCAUCCCUUGAAACAAGGCUUUAUUCGGCCAGGACAAGUGCAAGAGUGCAAGUUGAGCCGUGAAACGUGUUGUACCGUGCGAUACGAUUUAAAUAGCUCGCCGUACGGCAAUCAAAUUAAUACGGUGCUAAAACCUCCUAACCAAUAUCCAGAACCAAGUCUGGAGAACGAUCAGAGAUACGUCCCGUACGGAGAAAAUAAUCAAGCGGAUGUUGCUGAAUUGAAGCCCGCGGAAAAUAAUGCGGAAUUGCAGACCGCGCAAAACGAUAAACACGUGAUCGAAUCUACUAAUCCGAUUCAUCUCAGCAAUACACCGACUGAAGAGGAUCCGAUUGAUUACAAUCAAAUACCUGCCGAUACAAAUCAACAGGAACAAUACCAAACAGGCGAUGCUAGUGCUGGCGAGCCAGUUUUUCCUCCACUCAGGCCAGCUCCUACGAGCUCCAAUUCUGCGGUCUUCCAGUUUCCGGUUCAAGCCGGAUGCGCGGCUGCCUUACUCUGCGUAGAAGAGCAGUACUGUACGUUGGAAGGAGUAAUUAGCCAACAACCAGUCACGCUUACCAGCAAACAACUUUUACGACGUGUUCCAUUAAGCAGCUGCAGAAAUUCCGAGACCGGAGUGGUCGGCAAGUGUUGCCGCGACCCGAAUUACGUGGAUCCGUGGCCGACGGGUAAUCUACCAGCCAAUUAUACCGGUGGCUUCGACGAGCAGGGCUUUCCAUCGUUUCUGAACAUUGCGAAGGUAACACCAAAGAAGCCGGUUACACCAUUACCUAUCAAGACUACUCCUAAGCCACCACCGCCGCCGCCGCCGCCGAUUCACGAGCAACAGCAACCCACGAACGUUGUGCCUCUGGAGCCAGACUUUUCUGACUUGAUACCGCAACGUGUGAUACCAAUUUCUACCCAGGUUCCUAUAAUCCCGAUUAGUACUCCCACGCCCUUCAUCAAGAAUCCAUACGACCCCGUUUCAACCGAUCAGCGUAUCAUUCCCUUCGUGCCGCAAUUGCCGAAUAAUCCAUGCGGAGUGAGAAAUUAUGAGCAACGUCCAGCCGGCUUCAGGAUAACCGAUGCGGCUUUCGGUGAGAUCCCGUGGCAAGCGAUGGUUCUGUGGUCGGAAGAACGUAAGAUCUUGUGUUCCGGCGCGCUGGUAUCUCCGGAUGUCGUUCUCACAGCUGCCAGUUGCGUAAAUAGAUUUGCACCCAACGAAUUAUCCGUGAAACUCGGAGAAUGGAAAUUGGGUUACGAACUUGCAUACGAGGAACCACUCCCGUUCGAAAUUAUCCCAGUACGAACGAUCAAGUAUCAUCCUGGAUUCGUGCAAGGAUUCUCCAGCAAUGAUACUGCCGUGUUACUCCUGGAACAUCCCACGACUUUUAAUUUACACAUCAAUACGUUGUGCCUUCCUGACGAUUAUCAAGUGCAAGAACCAUCGCAAUGCAUAGUGACGGGAUGGGGCAAGUCAAUAUUACAAGCGCAUUACGCUGGAGCCAUCAUGCACAUGGUUGACGUGGAUCUUCUGUCGCGCGAUGUUUGUCAAAAUCGCGUUUUGGGCGCAGAAUCUCACAUCAAUAUCGCGCAUAACGUAAUCUGUGGUAAAGCACAUAACGACAAUAACAUGUGUCAAGCCGAUAUCGGAGCUCCGUUAGCUUGCUACGAUGGCAAGGGAGCAUAUCAUAUUGCCGGAAUUUACAGUCAAGACACUGGAUGCUUACCUACAAACCAGGUGGCGACAUUUUCUCCAAUUGACGUUACCUGGCUGAAACAGAUAAUGUCAGAACCUAAUGUAGAAACCGCACCAUCCAAUAUCGAUGAUGGUUACGACUAUCGAAAGAGUAACUUACCAGCGGGAAAUGAAUAUCUGCCGCCAGUAUAAAAACUACAAAUGCAGUAUAUAUUUAUACUGUUAUGUAACAUAUUUUUUUAAUACUCAUGAAUGUUAAAACGGACAACAGACGCAUUCAUAUAAUCGAAUUAACGUAAUGCUGCCGAAAAUAAUUAGUGGUUUUAAUAGAUUGUAUGCUAAGUCGUGAGAGAGAAAAAAAGGGCGUUACAAUUAUCGGAAAUAAUUAGAAAUAAUGAAUAGCGUUAUAUUACGUUGCCGAUAUAUUCAAAGUAUGCUAAAAUAUUUUAUGCUACAUUUUUGGAUAUUAUUAUUCGAAAUUAUUAUUAUUAAUCUUACAAAACUCCUAUAUAAUAAUAAAUACUUACUGCUAGAAUUGUUUCGCAUAAUAAACUCAAUAUGAGUAAAAUCAAAUUAUUAUUCAGUAUCGGAAUAAGACAGAUCAGAGCAAUUGUAUGACAAUAAAAAUAAAUACAUAAACUCCUAGAUUUUA